CCCUGAGAGUCUGUCCUGGCACAGCGUCCCGAUCAGCUGACCGCCGUAAUCCACCUCCACUGGAGGAUCGCCGUCCCUCUGCAGGCUCAAAGCCUCAGAUUAAGACACACUCACUUUUCCGCUCUCCGCUGCCAGGCAGGGAUCCGUGUGGACCAUGAACCGCUACACCACCUUCAAGCAGCUGGGCGACGGCACCUACGGCAGCGUCCUGCUGGCCAGGAGCAACGAGACCGGGGAGCUGGUGGCCAUCAAGAGGAUGAAGAGGAAGUUUUAUUCUUGGGAUGAAUGUUUGAACCUCAGAGAGGUGAAGUCUCUGAAGAAGCUGAACCACGUCAACGUGGUCAAGCUGAAGGAAGUCGUCAGAGAGAACGACUACCUCUACUUUGUCUUCGAGUACAUGAAAGAAAAUCUCUAUCAGCUCAUGAAAGAAAGGGAAGAUAAGAUGUUUUCUGAAAACGAGAUAAGGAACAUUUUGUUCCAAGUACUAUCUGGCUUAGCAUUUGUACAUAAACAUGGUUAUUUCCAUCGUGACAUGAAGCCGGAAAACCUGCUCUGCAUGGGCCCGGAGCUGGUGAAGAUCGCCGACUUCGGACUGGCGAGAGAAAUCCGCUCCCAGCCGCCUUACACGGACUACGUGUCCACAAGAUGGUACCGGGCUCCGGAGGUCCUGCUGAAGUCCAGCUCCUACAGCUCCCCCAUCGACAUCUGGGCGGUGGGCUGCAUCAUGGCGGAGCUCUACACUCUCAGGCCGCUCUUCCCCGGGAACAGCGAGGUGGACGAGAUCUUCAAAAUAUGCCAGGUGCUGGGGACCCUGAAGAAGUCGGACUGGCCUGAGGGCAUCAUCUUGGCCACGUCCAUAAACUUCCGCUUCCCCAAGUUUGCCCCCAUGAGCCUCCGGGCCCUGAUUCCCAACGCCAGCGACGAAGCCGUCGCUCUGAUGAAGAGCAUGCUGCAGUGGGACCCCCUGAAGAGGCCCAGCGCUGCUCAGGCGUUGCGGUCUCCGUACUUCCACGUGGGCCAGGCUCUCGGUGCCCCCCUCAGUCACUCAGACCAGCACAAGGCCCAGGAGAGGAUGCCGGAAGAGGCGGCCGAACCCCGAGCGCUGUCGCUGUGUAAAGCAGACCUGGACUGCAGCCGGGCGCUGCACGGCCCUCUGCAGCAGACCAGCCUCCCUCAGGAGAACGUGGACCCCGGCGGCCUGACGGAGGGGCAGCAGGAGCCGCUCAGCCUGGUGAAGAGCAGGAAGCCGGCCGCUCUUCAAGCCCGAGGGGCUGAGAACUGUGCGUCCGGGACUCGGGCCGGACGCCGGCGAUGGGGUCAGACGUCGUUCAAAUCGGUCGACAGCUGGGGCGACGGCGACGACGCAGACACGGGAGUGUCCAUCUCCAAGAAGCCCACCAUCGCCUCCGUGAAGAGCAGGACCGGGGCCGGGCCCAGGCUUUCAGAGUCGCAGACCAGCACAGGAGGCUCGAAGCUGAACCGAGCGGACUCCAGCACUCUGUCUGCUAAACAGCACUACCUGCGCCAGUCCAGAUAUGUGCCUGGCAUGAAUCCUAAAAGUAGCUCCUCGGUGGGGAACCAGGCGUCCGGCAGGAAGCUGAGCGGCGGUUCUGGUUUAACCCGGGGACAGGACCCGGGAAGUCUACUCCCCAAGAACAUAAACCUCCCGAAGCUGACCGACAAACAGCCUCGAAGAGAAAAGCUCCCAGAGGAGGAGGACUUGUCCAGAGACCCAUUCUUAAGCCACUCCUGCAUUAAACCCUUCAUGCCAGCUCUCCAGAAAGCUGAAACAGGUCCCGGGCUUCAGAGGGGCGCGCUGGCCCCCAUUGGAGGCCAGGCAGCUGUUGAUCUCUCGUCCAAAAUGAAACCAUCCAAAAGCAAGACAGCCUUAAAUAAGCUGCUACCUUCCACUGACGACUACGAAGGACGGAGGAACAGAUCUUUAAACCCUCAGAUUCCUGCAGGAAGAAACUCGGUCUCCAGGAACUCAAGCAUCCAGCCGGUGCACGGCCGAGUCGACUGGACCGCCAAGUACGGAGGAGGUCACCGGUAGCGCCGCCGUCUGGAUCCUCGGGAAUAAUCCAUCCCACGGAAACCAUGAAGCCAGUGUCCUCACCAGCUGAACCUCUGCUGCAGCACGUCUCAGACGCAGCGCUGAAUGUCACUUAAUGUUGUUGUUUAUGGUGAAAUAAAUUAGCUAUU